AUGGCAGUUACUUGCGAUAAUACAGCAGAACGCAGCGGUGCUGCUUCAUUUACAGAUUUCGUACACGCGGGCUCGAAAUGCGAUCAUCAAGUCCAGCUAUUCGAAUCUGAAGAGCAACUAUACAAAAUCAUAUCAAGCUUCAUUGUGCCCACGACCAGGAGCGACGAUGCAGUAGUCAUUCUUGCCGGAAAGAAUCGUAUUGAAACGCUUGAAGCAUGCUUUAGAGAGCAGCAUGUCAACACGGACCGGAUGAAGCAUCAGCAGCAACUAGUGUUUGUAGAUGCUGGGAUUCUUGCCGACACUGUUGUUCCCAAUGGCAUGUUUGAGUCAGAGAAGAUGGAGGAGUUUCUGCGCGAUCUUUUUGGAAGGGUUCAGAAGAACUACCGGAGAGUUUUUGUAUAUGGAGAGUUAGUGAAUAUAUUGUGCGAACGCGGCUUGCACACGGCCGCGCUGGAAUUGGAACAGCUGUGGUCACGGUUUGUUGCCGGAAGAGAGAUCACCCUCCUUUGUGGUUACGACCUAAACAACUUCAAGGAUAGUGGUCUCGAAAACGUCUUUGAGCGUAUAUGUCGACUACAUACACACAUAAAGCCCGCCGAAAAUUUCAAUGGACCAAUAGAAACACCUGAACAGCAGAACCUCAUAAUUGCCUCUCUACAACAGAGAGCCAAAGCUCUCGAAAACGAGGUCAUCCGCCACCGGGCCGCAGAAACCACAUUGCAAGGAGCUUUAAGUCUUUUAUCUGCUCGGACUAGCGAAACUGUUGGUCGAGAGCGUGAUGGAUACUUAGCACUUUUGUCGAUGCUCCCAGUUGGUGUCUGUGGCACAAAUUCUGGUGAAGGCAAUCUUAAAUACUUCAUCAAUCAGCGUUUCUGCGAUAUUUCCGGCCUUUCUGAAGACACUAUACGUGACGGCGGCUGGAUCAAUGCCAUACAUCAAGCAGACCGCGAACAAGUCGCCGCGAGCCUGCGCGCUGUCAAGAACGGCGAGGAUGCAUUCGCUCGAUGCGAGUAUCGGUUCGUGCAUCCAGAUAAUACAAUUCGCUGGGUUGCGUGCGAGGCCGUCGCAAACGACAGUGGAUAUUUGCAAACUGUUUUCGAUAUUACAGAGUUCAAGAUGCUGGAGAAGGAGCGGCUAGAUACUAUGAAAGCAGCAGAGGAGCACCAACGGAUGCGCGCCGCGGAAGCCGAAAGACACCGCCAAAACCGCGAGCAAUUCGUUGAUUCUCUUUGUCACGAGCUUCGAAAUCCCCUUGGUGGAAUAUUUGGGAAUGUAGAACUUCUCAAGAUGGGCCUCGAAACACGGCGUUCAGUAUUAGAAAAACCCUUCGUCUCACCGGAAGAUUUGCUUCUUCUCCGGGAACAGCUUCUCCUCGACGAAGAGUCACUCGACGCGAUUUCUACCUGUGCAGUGCACCAACAAACCGUGACGGAUGAUGUUCUCAACCUUUCAAAACUAGAACUUGGCAAAGUGGUGCUAAAGAAAAUCAGCUUUGAUCUUAAGAGCACUAUUUCUUCUGUGUUAAAGAUGUUUGAGGUUCAGGCUCAGCGAAAAGGCAUUGAACUGCGCGCCUCCAUGCCCAUCUCUGACUCCGUCAUUACAGCAGACCCACAUAGGCUUUCACAGAUCAUCAUAAACCUCAUUGCCAAUGCUCUCAAAUUUACAGAUAAAGGCAGCAUCACUCUCAUGUUUGAUAUAGUUGAACGUACACUGGAGAAUACCCUUUUUCGGAUAACUGUUUCAGAUACCGGUGUUGGAUUGACAUUGGACGAAAAAGCAGUCCUUUUUGAUCGGUUCUCACAGCCAUCCUCAACUAACUAUUCGGAGGUUGGAGGCACAGGUCUUGGACUUCACAUUAGCAAGAAUCUCGUGGAAUUGAUGGGCGGUGAAAUACUUGUGGACAGCAGAAAGGGGCAGGGUUCGAAAUUCACGUUCACUUUUAGAUGUGAGGAGGAUCGGAGUGGGGGAAAUUCUUUCAGCUUAUCAAAAUCGAGUCCGAAGAGCUACAAAGACUCGAUAUCAGUUAUGGCCUCAGCCCAGACUCAAGCAAUCAUACCUUCUGUUAUCCCCCGUCCAAUAAAUCACAUCCUUAUCGUCGAGGACAACCAUAUCAACCAGCGUCUCAUCACCAGACUGCUAUCAUCCGAAGGGUUUGCUUGCACGGUAGCCUCCAAUGGACAAGAGGCCCUCGACCUUCUCGAAAGCCUAUCUAGAAGCAGAUCACCGAUAGAUCUUGUCCUCAUGGAUAUUCAAAUGCCCGUGAUGGGAGGGAUUCCCGCAACACUUGAAAUCCGCCGUCGAGAAAAGCAUUCGCCUACUACUUACACCCCUUGCUCACGUAUUCCCAUCAUUGGGCUCUCUGGAAAUGUCCGUGAGAACCAUGUCCUGAACGCGCUGGAGAGCGGGAUGGAUGAUUACCUUAUCAAACCUGUUAGAAAAGUGGACAUCAUGACCGCUAUCCAGAGGUUUGGGGAUGAUGUUGAUAUGGAUGAACGACCUAUCCCCAAUGGGACAAAGCGAGCACGAUAA